GUGGAAGGGAGAGAGAUAGAUUGGGAGGGGGGCUGGGGUGAAUGGGAGGUCAGCGCGUCUAACAAAUAUUAAAAUGUACCAGGGACUCGUGACACGCCUCGCUGUUAAACAAAGAGUGUGCCAAACUGGCAGAUUAAUUCGAAAACUUGAGUCCACACAACACUAAAAGCCUUAAAGAGCCCACAGCCACUGGCUUGCUCGCUCUUUCACAUUCCAAACGUUUAGAGAGAAGUGACGGUCACUGUUCACCUUCUUAAUUCCUGAAGAUUUAUUAGUAGUUUGAGCGUAAAUUGCGAGGCUGCUCAGAGGGACAGUGCUUAUUUAGCGGCGCAAAGUUAUGGCGGCAGCAAUGGUUUCGUAUCCUCUUUAACUCGUGGAUUAGUGAUCGCAUGCUGUUUUUGAAUCGUAUGGUUCAUUUAAUCGAUUUCUGAUACCUCGUCGUGUGUAGAGUUGGCGCAGACCUCCAAGAACCACGUGUCGUUUCGGGAUUACGUUUUGUACCUCCAUUUUACGUUGUUAUUCAAUACCGAUGGACCGUUUUCCCCCAUAAAAGUACAAGGUAAUGUCAAAGCUUUGUAAAGCAUACACGAAUGGGUCACAAACCUGUGGCGUCUCGGUUAAUAACAGUAACAGGGAUCGGGUAGACGGAGGAAAGACAGAAAGGGUUCACUGUUCGAUGAAUCACGGUUCUUUUUUUUCUCAUAUGGCGAUUGACAAAAGCAAGGACGAUUCCAGAAUAAAUGUCUGUUAGUCUCUGCUUCAGACUUCUCGGACGAACAGCAAAAAUGUUUAUUUUGGAUGUCGAAAGAGGAGAUCGGUGUAUAUCAAAAGAGUAAAUAAGAAGUGAGUAAAAUCGAUGUGGAGUAACCCAGUUUGCGUACUGCUAUGUGUCAUACCGUGUGUGUGUGUGUGUGUGUGUGUGUGUGUGUGUGUGUGUGUGUGUGUGUGUGUGUGUGUGUGUGUGUGUGUGUGUGUGUGUGUGUGUGUGUGUGUGUGUGUGUGUGUGUGUGUGUGUGCAGCUUAUGGCAGGUGUCGUGACUAGCAAGGAAGGAGAGAUCACGUGCUUGGGAAGUGUUGCUACUGAAAGUGCAGGGCGCAUUGCUCCCUCCCUCCUCCCCUCACCCCCCAACGAAGUAGGUUAAUUAGUGUAUCUGGUAGCUUGUGAUUUGCUACAUUUAAAUGUAAGUCUGCAUGUAUUGCCCUUUAUUAGAAGUAGGCCGAGGCCUAAUUGACUAAUGACUUGUUAUGACGUUAUACGCAGGCCUUUGUGACGUAGCCUAUGUAACUGCACGUUCAAUCUAUAGGGUUGUUAUAAAAAGCUAUUCGUUUUACCCUUGUGGAUGCUACGAUUGAUGUCCCCUGAAAAUAUUUAGCUGUGCACAAUAACAUUUUGGUUGUACUAUCGAACAAGCACCACACGCACCUCGGGUAAAGCUGUUGAGGGUGAAGGCAAGGUCGCGUCCAUUGCAGGGUUAAAGGUCACUGAAAACGAUGCUGGACUUUCUCCCCUUUUGGUAUAAAUUAAUAUAUCGUCGUAGUCUGAUCUUUUGCCAAUACCUAUCCAUAUGUACACUAACACUAUUCAACUUGGUCCGUAUAGCCAAUUUUGAUCACAUUCAUUUGUCUUGGCUCUCAAUUCGCAAAUAGGCCUACUCAAAUUGGAUUUUAAUACAAAGUGAUGCAUUAUUAACAACUGCGUUUAUAUCCACACCUACAAAACUAAAACGUGAAUCAUUGAUUCGUUUUGGCCUGCACAAAUAGGCUACAUUUAGCCUCCCAAUGUUUUCCAGUUUUCCGAUGUUUUAUGGUGUUGUGAAGGUUAUUGGAUUUCAAGUAGAGAAUGGGAUUUCGAUUUUUGUUAUCCAAUAGACCUGUAAAAAAGGUAAAACGGUGGCCAAGGCCUAUUUGUGGCGAUCUCUGUUCAAAUGUUUGUGUUCGCUGUGCUGCUCAUUUAGCGAAACGCCGUUUCAACAGAGAGAAAAAAUCCACGUUUUAUGCAUAUGAUUGGAUGUUUGGCAAACACCAACCAUAAUUGUAGGGGUUCUCCAGUCACACAUACUAGGGUGUAUCUAUUAGCUACACCCAAGUAAGUCUAGUAGGCCUAAAUGUAACAUCUGCUCUUUUUGAAUGGUCUCUCUUUUCAAUCAAAACGUAUAGGCUGUCCUUCGUGCUUGCUUACUUGUUUGGAAGAUUGUAGGCUAAUGAAUCCCUCUCCGAGAAAUGAUACACGUACACAAAGAGGCCAUAUUGACACAAUAACCCUGAUUGAAAGGCAUUGAUUUGAAUAAAACACCUUGAGAUUAAUACACGUUGGCUAGAUUGAUUGAAAGAGCUUUUUUUUUUUCUAUACGGCGUUACUUUGCAUGACAAUUAACUCUGAGAAAUGAACUUUCAUAUAUUUUUUCAGACUCAACAAAGAAGAUUUAAAACAAUCUCCUUACGCCUGUGGCCCACAAUGUCUCGAAUCGAAAAUGCCAGGUGCAACCCUGAGCCUAUGUUUUGUAAGUCAUAUAGGCUGAAAAGGUAUUUCUCGAUAGUAAUUUUAAAUACGGCUCUUCAUAUACAUAUUAGCAGAUAUUAUAUAUAUAUAUAUAUAUAUUAUUAACGAUUAGGCCUAUUAGGUGCCAUAUAUUUUAAUCUUCAUAGAACCAAGCAUUAUAAUGGAGAAUAAUUCGUUUAUUUAUGGAGAACAAGGGAGGCACCUAAAAGCGUAGGUAAUCUAUUCAUUUUUUGCUUCUAAUUUUCUCUACUAAACGCAAAUUGCUCGCCAUAAAAAAAUGAAAAACGUGGGCAAUUCCAUCAGGACCCUUUGGCGACUUUUUUCGACGCACUAUCUUAGUAUGUUAUAGUUACUCCUCUCACAUGACAUCAGAUGUUUCAUUUGAAUGUAUUAACAAAGUGAAUGACAAUGUCUUUCAAAAUCUGUUCAUAUUUUAGACGCAUUCUUGGGGUUGUGAGCCUCUAAGGCCUAUUGUUGUUGUCCAUAACUGCAGAUCAGCAAAUGGGAGGUAACUGUUGGUUUGGCGCGUUGUUUGUGAAAGGGGACAGAAAUAGCUCAGUGUUCCCUUGACUCUUUUAAAACCUUACCGUUUUAUUUGUUGGCACAUUGACCUACACAGGCCAGCUUUGGAACAAUGGUCUCCCAGCGCGAGGAACAUUCGUUGAAUGGCCAUGUUGACAAACUUGACGGAAGGAAGGGGAAGUAAUGGAGUGCAAAUGGUUGGAGGGGCCGCACACAGAAAGCACCUUGAUCGAUACCUGAGAUCACCUGCAGGCACACCGGUAGUUCAAGUUGACAUGCAAGCACAUGCUGGGAUUGGUGAACAACGACAGGUUUGUAGGAGAACAACACAAUAAUAGAAUAGAAUAGCAUAGAAAAGGAGAGCAUAGAACAGAAUAGAAUGGAGUAGAAUAGCUAUUACCACGAUAUUGUAAUCUUCAGCCUGUUCAAAUUCGUAGAAGGAGUUAUCAGCUCGGGGUCAAAUAAUAGGCCUGUAGGCACUAUUAUGUGUGUGGUUAAGAUUGAAUGUUUAGGCCUGCUCAAAUCAAAAACUUUAAAUGCACAUGUCUCACUGUUAAAAAACGUUUUCGAAAUAACUCAAAUCAAGGGGUAAAUUAGUAGAAGUAGUAUUGGACCAACUUAAUUUGGUUUUGAGAUUUCUGCCGUUAAUCACGCUGUUUAUUAAUUGAUAUUUCUGAUUAUUUCUCUAUUUAUGUUGGUCAAUUAAAAAAGUGUUAAAAUGCAGCCAUUGUAUUAGAACAAUAUAGUAAAGUAGGCCUACCUACUUUAUCCGUAGGCCUACAGGCCUGAACAAAUCAAGCAAUUAAUUCGUAUAUCGAAUAGUGUAGUAGGCCUAUUUUAAAACAAAAUGUAAUCUAAAUAAUAAUAAUUUACAUUUUUGUAUUCGUUACGUAUCUUUGUAUUUCAUACAUCUGAAGAAAUAUAGUCGAUAUGUGACUAUGCUAGUUGAUAGUGGGCACAUUCAUAAAAUGGAAAUGUUGCGGUUGAACAAGGGUAAGGCAACUUGCUAAUUACCAACAAUUCAAUUAACGGCGUUGUCCUGAAUGCAUCUCAUUGUCUUUGUUUUUAGGAUGAACAAUCGAUUUUUUUGAAUAACCACAACCAUAAUAAUAAAAUACUUAUUAUGAAUAUUAUUACAAAAAAUAUAACAAUGAUAACAAUAAUGAUUGGCUUUAAGAAAAAUGCUUAAGUAGGCCUAAGGGUAAUAUAAGACAUAUUAAUAUGAGUAGUUAGCUAUUGGCUAAUGGUUUUAUUAGUUAUUAGUGCUUUUGUUAUCAACUAUUCAUUAAAACCACCGAGACUCUUGCUUCAAGCUUGUCCAGACCACCAGCUCCAGAGAUCCGCUGUCUUCUAUAUCUACCCUGUAGAUCCGGAUUUGUGUGAAAACUGCUACACCAAUCACAAAUUCGCUUCUAGGGGAGUAUAUAGUUGAUUUGAACACUACGGCAGCAGUGGAACGCCACAUGACCGGAAAUGUUGACGUCUUACGGAUGUUGCUGUCUGAUACAGUUGUUUGUAUCAGACAUUUUUAUUUUCUCGUGUAUUUUUUAUUUUGUCAUUAUUGUUUGUCUGUUACGUUUGGAGCUUGCGCAUUCUGAUAGGCAAUCCUACGCCAGAAGUGUUUUAUUGGAGUUUUUGAUUUCAUGGUGGUCCCUCAACCACACCAGAUUUGUUUUGAUGUCCAUAGAUGUUUCUAUUCGUAUAGUAAAAGUUAUGUUCGAAAGGUACAGGUGGUUCACAGAAUCACUUAUAAGAUUCCAAUUAUUUUUUCUUCGAUCGACAGCUUAGUUUGGCCUUUAUGACGAAUAAUGAAUCAUUGCCUUCAAAACGAAGUGUGGUUGCUCUAAUAUUAACGAGACUGCAGGUUUGGCGUUUGGAGAGGCCAUGAUAUGGAGAGGGAGAGGGUUUUGAUGGAGAGUUCAAUGGUCGCUCAAUGUUCUGCCAACAGUGAAUCUAAAUAUCUCCAUCAUCACUGUGGUCAUUAUUAUAGAGUAGCUUUCCUUUUUAUUAAUAUUCAAAUCUGAUAUCCUGCUUCAAAUCUAUUCCAAUUAAAGUAUAGACAAUAUAAAGGGAUAAAGGUCAUCUAUUUCAUUUAAAGACUUAUUCAUGAAAUUAUUUACUUAUACGGAAUUAAUAGGUAUUUCAAUAAAAUGCUACAUUUGAAUAACUUUAGGUACAAUUAAAUUAUAUUAAAAUGUGGAUAUGCCUAAUAAUAAUAAUAAUAAUAAUUAUGUAAUAAUAUUAUUAUUAGUAGUAGUAGUAGUAGUAGUAGUAGUAGCAGAAGUAGUAUUACUAUUAUUAUUAUCAAAAUAAUAAUAAUUAAAUAAUUUCGUGCUAAGCAUUACUCAAUAGCAGAGUAUAUAGGCUAUAAUAUAGGCCUCAUACAUAAACCGAAAAAAAUGGGUUUAUUAAGAAUUUAGUGAUUUUGUUAAAUUGAUCGUUUCUGCUUUUGGAUUUUUGACAUUCAUUUUCAUCUUUAAUCUGCUGUGUACCAAAUAUUCACUUUUAAAACAUUUGCAGGCUUUUGGAUUGCUUUUCUUAACGAGUGUUAAACAUAUCUCGUGAGGUAAAGGCAAUCAAUUCCUGGUUGUUGAGUGCACGUGAUUGGAAUAUGCAACUUGUUUGGGGGUUAAAGAUAUGGCUGAGGUAUGCUGACAAUAAAACACAGGUAAUGCUAAUUUUAGAAAAAGGCGUUUGUUUGUUUGUGUGUGUGUGUGUGUGUGUGUGUGUGUGUGUGUGUGUGUGUGUGUGUGUGUGUGUGUGUGUGUGUGUGUGUGUGUGUGUGUGUGUGUGUGUGUGUGUGUGUGUGUGUGUGUGUGUGUGAGGGUAUUCUGUCAUGCUAAAGUAACUGGAAUGGGAGUCUGGCAUAAGGUGGCGGAGCAGGAUUACUAUGCAAAGAGAGUGAAUUGUUUGUUGGCCGAACGUGGUCCUUUAAAAGGGAACGGCACUGGACUCUUGUUCUUAAUGCAACGGUCUUUCCGUGAUUUAGGAAGCCGUGUAACCUGAAUUAGUUGAUGAAUUUUCUAUCGAUCUCAACACGCUAGAUUUAUCUCUGACACCGAUACCGCUGCUGCGCGAGCAGAGAGUGGGUGGUGGGUGCACAAGACAGACAGGGCAUUCUCUCAUUCCAGUUAUUGGCGAUUUGGAAAAAGCUUGGCAAGCACGAGUCAGAGAGAGAGAGGUAGAGGUAGAGAGAGAAAGGGUGAGAGACUAAAUAGACCGAUUAGGGGGCGAUACGGGGAGAGAGAUAGGUCUACAUAUGAGAGGGAGCCAAGUUGCCAUCACCUUGUGCACUUUCUUGCAUUUUUUCUUUUGCUUUUUUAAGUUUCAGUCAAAAGAGGGCGGUCAGAGAGUGGCACUGCUUGAUUUACUGUACAGGGAGUGCAAGCAGUUUAAGGAGACGGGGCGGGGGUGUAGCGUGCCACCACAACCAAUGCACAGCCAACGCGCGCGUCUUGCAGAGGGUGUCAACUCGAUUUGUUCCUCUUUGAUAUGAUAUGAUUUGAUCGAAUGCAUAAACCAUGAUGAGUGUGUGCAGAUCAAAUAAGAUCGAAAGUAAACAGGAGUUUGCGGUUUUUUACGACUUCAACAAACAGAGCCAUAUGACGACGCGCGUGCAGGACUUGUUUUGUGCCUAAUCCUAUUUCCUUAUCCGGGGUUCGUCACGCCGACACACCAUUGGUCGGGCAUCGUCACAUGGCUCCUUAACUUUGUUCACUUGACAGAAAGUAGGAGGGUUCAACCGAAAGGCAAUAACCGAAGAGUAAAGGCAUAAGAUAUAAAUUUUGGUUAUAUUUUUUCCGAGCGUGUGCCAUUUCACAAAAGACUGGUAUUAAUGGCCAUGAGCUCCUAUUUGAUCAAUUCCAACUAUGUGGAUCCGAAGUUUCCACCGUGCGAGGAGUACUCACAGAGCGACUAUCUGCCCAGCCACUCUCCGGACUAUUACAGCUCUCAAAGGCAGGAGGCUACCGCGUUUCAGCACGAUCCCCUCUACAACCACCACCACCAGCAACACCCACAGCGGCCGGGCUGCGGCUCCGAGCCUGCGCCCUUUACACCAUGCCAGGGAUCUGGGCAGCCCGCCUCGGUGGUCAUGUCCCCGCGGGGUCACGUCUUGCCCCCGGCCGUACUUCAGGCACCAACACCCGUCUCGGAACAGAACCGCCACUGCGACUCGGUGACUCCAAGCCCCCCACCGCCACCGUCCUGCGGACAAACACCGCACAGACAAAGCUCUGGCUCUUCCCCCGCCAGCACCCGCAAGGAUCCGGUGGUCUACCCGUGGAUGAAAAAGGUCCACGUCAACAUCGUGAAUCCAAAUUACACCGGAGGAGAGCCCAAGCGCUCGAGGACGGCGUACACGCGUCAGCAGGUUCUGGAGCUCGAGAAGGAGUUCCACUACAACCGGUACCUGACGCGCAGGCGCAGGGUGGAGAUCGCGCACACCCUCUGUCUCUCGGAACGGCAGAUUAAAAUCUGGUUUCAGAACCGGAGAAUGAAGUGGAAAAAGGACCACAAGUUGCCUAACACAAAGAUCCGGUCAGGGAGUAGCUCAUCAAACAGCCACAGCAAUACAAACUCGCUGGCGUUAGCGAGCUCCCAGAACCGAUCGAGUGGACCACUAUAGCUGAAAUGAUCGCAGUUGUCCUCACUUACAUUUCUUCAGUUCAACCUGAGUGGAACUAUCCUCAUUGCAUAUUAUACAACUCAUGACGCACUUUUGGAAGAACAAUAGGCCAACUGGAGGGCCUCCUUGGAUGCGUUUUUGGUAUUAUAGGCUUAUUGACCUUUAGGCUAUGAAGGAUCAGAAGCAACGCAAAUUCAAAAAUUCAAACACACUAUUUGUGUGCGUUACGUUUUAUUCGACCAUCUCUCUCUCUCUCUCUCUCUCUCUCUCUCUCUCUCUCUCUCUCUCUCUCUCUCUCUCUCCCUCUCUCUCCUCUCUCUCUCAUGCCAAUCGCUCGCUGUUGCAUGAUCCACUCAGUAUUGUCCCAUAAUGUCAGUCUGCUUAUUCCUCUGUAUCCCUUCACUUUCUUGACUGCAAAAGUGACUAACCAGGACACAAUGCAGCAAGCAGACGAUAGUCUUUUUUUUUUUUUUUUUGGUGAAGAUGGAUCCUCGUUUUCAUCUUUAAUCAUGCCAAACUCGGGCCCCAUUUGUCAUGUUUACUCUGUGGGUACAAAGCAAAGGGUUGAACCGCGGCUCUACCUAUUACCUCCCUCCCACCCUCCUCAUCCCAUCCAUUCCUCUGUUUAAUAAAUGAAACCUCUAGUAUCUCGUCAAGAAACGUUUUCAUACGCUGCUUUUAACGCUCCCUCUCAAAGCACCCCUCCGUCCGGCACCAAAAUAUAACAAAACGAAUUCACUUCCUAUACUUCCUUUAUUCAAAAAUGAAUUGCCCUUUAUACUUUUUAUACAUAAAAUAAUAUUUUCAUUAUAUUUCCUUUAAAAAGUGAAGCAAUGCAACGUGUAUCCAUUCCUGUAUCGAUGGGAAGGAUACAUUCUAUGAGACAACACGCUUACGUACAGUCCUUUCAUUGCUCAAAUGUGAUCGUUAUAAUUUACAGUGUUAUUUAUGUGCGAGAGCCUGGUUAAAUGUAAAGGUAGACGGGUGGUUAAAGAGAUUGUAAAAUAGUUUGUCAGACAAACUGUUGGACAGCAGACAGACAGGGUAAACAACGCUAAAUAUAUUAUGAAACAUAGGCUACAGGGUUGCAAAUGAUUACGCUGGCUGAAGAUAAAUCAAUUAUAUCCGAACCAAAAUAUUGGUACGAAUAACCUUAAAGCAUUAUAAAAGCAGCACUAUAAAAUGUACUACAUAUUACCUCAGCUGUACUUAUAUUUUGCCUUUUUUUUAUGAAGUGACGAAUAUUGAGCUUUGUUUUCUAUUUAGUGGUGAGUUAUAGACGUGUUUUCAUUAUUGUAAAGUAAUUUAAUAAUAAACAAUUGUUCUGGUCAGGGACAGUCUGAGAGUCAAAGAAAUGCGUAUGUUGCAUGAUUGAAUGAUGUUGAUUUAUCUCUAUCUCUUUUCUUAUUUUCCCCCUUCAACAUCUGAUUAAACCAUCAUUUGCGCGGCACAUAAUGCGCAAAUUGUCUUUAUUUUCUUCCUUUUCUACUUUUAUUUUGUACUAUUCUUCUUUCAAUCUGUUGCAUCGAAGGCCUUCAUUUUUAUAUUUUAAUAGUUCUUUAUUUACAUUCCAAAGAUCAGUUAUAUUGCUGAUGAUUAUGGCAGUGUUCUUGAAAAUGUAUUCUCUUUUCACGCAUCCUCUUAUUUUUCAACUUAUAUUUGUUCGUUACCACCUUUUCUGAUUAUCCUCCCCAUGUCCUAUUAUUUGUAAAUAGUUCAUAAAAAAAUUAAUAAAUGGCUCCAAACCGGAAUCUAUAGCCUA